UAUACCUACUAAUUAGGUUUACAACAAAAAUAAUUUAAUAUCACGGUAGGUAUACAAUAAUAGGAAUAUUUUUCCUUAUCUGAAACAGUGGUUGCUUUUAUAGGGGCCUGACACCAUUGCAAACCAAGAUGAAAUUAUAUGUAGUGUUUGCGGGAUUGUUGUCUCAUGCGGUGGCUCUUGACAACGGCUUGGCCCUGACUCCACCCAUGGGCUGGUUGACCUGGCAGAGAUUUAGAUGCAUCACGGAUUGUCAGCUGUACCCAAACGAAUGUAUAAGUGAGGAUCUUAUAAAACGCACAGCAAAUAUAAUGUUGAGCGAGGGUUACUUAGAGGCUGGCUAUAAUUACGUGGGAAUUGACGACUGCUGGCUGGAGAAAAAACGCGAUAAAAAUGACCGACUGGUGCCUGACCGGGAACGAUUUCCGAACGGCAUGAAAGCUAUUGGUGAUUUUCUUCACAAGAAGGGGUUCAAAUUUGCACUGUACCAGGAUUAUGGGAACAAGACAUGUGCGGGAUACCCUGGCGUUUUGGGCUAUGAAGAAAUCGAUGUAGAGAGUUUUGCUGACUGGGACGUUGAUUAUAUUAAACUUGACGGAUGCAACGUUGAUAUUUCGAAAAUGGACACAGGGUAUCCAUAUUUUGGAAAACUAAUGAAUGAAUCUGGACGUCCCAUGGUAUACUCAUGCAGUUGGCCUGCUUAUCAAAAAGAGCCCGACUAUGCCUCCAUUGCAAAACAUUGUAACCUGUGGCGUAAUUGGGACGACAUACAGGAUUCCUGGAGCUCUCUCAGCACCAUCAUGACCUGGUUUGCGGAGAACCAAGAUACAAUUGCCCAAUACGCUGGUUCAGGAAAAUGGAAUGACCCGGAUAUGCUUAUCAUUGGAAAUUACGGAUUGUCAAUAGACCAGGCAAAAGUCCAAAUGGCUAUUUGGUCGAUACUGGCCGCUCCUUUAUUCAUGAGUGUAGAUUUGGCCACCAUUCGACCGGAGUUCAAGGAGAUUCUACUCAACCAGGAUAUCAUUGCUAUAGACCAGGAUGUGCUGGGCAAACAGGGGUUGAGAGUGUGGAAUAAAUCGCAGUGCGAGAUAUGGAGAAGAGAACUCUUCGAUGGAUCGUACGCAGUGGCCUUUGUGAACAAACGUGACGACGGGACUCCUUACCUUAUCAAAGCUUCAUUCGACGCAAUGAGUAUACCGACAAACAUCUAUGAAGUACAGGAUUUAUAUAACGAAGAUGAAGACUUCUCAUUCGGACCACAUGGUAAUUUCACUACAAGAGUAAACCCAUCAGGUGUAAAAUACUAUAAGUUCAUUCCAAUGAAAUUGAACGAAUUAUCACAAGAAAAAUUCUACUACGUGAGUGGAAUCUAAAGAUUUUUUAUAAUGAAUGUUAGUAUCUAGUAUCUAGCUAAGUAUAUAUUUACUACAUAAACAAAUAUGGUAAAACAAACCUGCAUAACUGAAUUAAAUGUAUAUUGAAUAAAGA